AUGUUCCAGAACGCUGUGCCUUUGAUUGUGGCGUGGACAGCUUUUUUCAACUACACAAUAAGCGCUAAACUGAACAACACAAUGGUGAACUGCCCGUACAGAUGCGAGAUCGUGGAAAGAAAGGACCACGAUGGCACACGGAUCCCUUCCGCAUACAUUUUCCAUGGUCGUGAUAUAGACGAGAACGAUCUCCCCGUACGAUAUACACAUCAACUUAUGGUGCGUUCAAUGUUGUUCGAGGCACCACCGUAUGCUGGAAAGGCUUGGAAGAAGAUGCCAGUCGACUAUUUCAAUGCGACGAUGACAUACAGGAAUGACUCUGAUUACCCUCUGCCUUAUGGAAAGUUCGUAAGGCGUACUCCUCUCGACAAGGAGCAAAGUUUUUUCACAGAAAACCAGAUUCGAAGAGCUCUGAAGAGAAAAACGAAGGGCGCUCUGCUGCUUAUGUCGAAAUGCCUCACCAAUUCCACGAGAGAGUCAACUUUACGGAGACUCUCGGGGAAAGUAAACAUUACAAUCGCUGGUCGAUGUAGUUCCAUGUUCCCGAAAGCCAAGGAAGUGUACUGUCCAAGGUCGGUACAUGAUGGAUGCGAGGAAAAUCUCACCGCUACGCACAGAUUCUACAUCGCGUUUGAGAACAGCUUAUGUCGUAACUACAUAACGGAGAAGUUUUUCCAUCGCGUCUCUCAACUGAUGAUACCAAUAGUGUUGGACAGGAAGCUCUACGAAGGUAACAAUGAAUUUUUCUUACUACAGUAUAACGGAAACUAG